AUGGCAAAUCUUUGGCAACGGCUUGCUAGCUUGUUGAAACCCCACCACCAUUUGAACACCACAAAUGGUGGUGGGCGCUCUCAGUCAUUUCUAGACAUAUGGGAUCCCGUUGAUGGCUUCUUCAACUAUAGCAUUGCUUACGCCCCCGCCAUAGCAAUCGAAACCUAUGCUAAUUUGCCCAGCUUGCGAAUUGAUUGGAAGGAGACCCCAGAGGCUCAUGUCUUCAAGGCGGACCUCCCGGGACUCGUAAAGGAGGAGGUGAAAGUUGAGGUUGAAGAAGGCAAAAUUCUUCAAAUUAGCGGAGAAAGGAGCAAAGAGCAAGAGGAGAAGAAAGAUAAGUGGUACCGUGUAGAAAGAAGCAGUGGAAAGUUCCUUUGUAGGUUCAGGUUACCGAAAAAUGCAAGGACUGAUCAGGUUAAGGCUAGUAUGGAGAAUGGAGUUCUCACUGUGUUUGUUCCUAUAGAGGGGGUUGUGAAGAAACCAGAGGUCAAGACCAUUGAGAUCUCUGGCUGAGAAAGAUGUCCGCCAAGCUUAAAGCUUUUGUUUGUGUGUGUGUGUUCAUAAAUAUCUGAAAAAUGUUUCAUCA